AGUUAAGCUCUAACAAAAUUAGCUAUGACAAAUUCGGCUUCUAACAUCGCAAGUGCUGGUAUUGUAGGAGUGGCAACAAUUGUGGCCAUCGUGGGUAACGUUCUUGUCGCCUACGUUUUGACCAAGCGAAGGAAAGUACUUCUUAAAAACCAUCCAACUUACCAGUUUAUUUUGAACCUGGUCCUGUCGGAUCUUGUCGUCGGUAUAUUGCUUUGCCCUUUCAAGUUCAUACGGCGACUCUUCGGUACAUGGAUAUUCGGAACAUCCCUUUGUAAAGUCAUCGCUUUCGUCCAAAUCUCGGCGUCCGGUACAGCCGUAAUGUUUCAUGCACUUAUCGCAGUUGAUCGAUAUCGAUGUUUGGCUCACCCACAUCUUCCCAAACUCAAACCAAGACUUGUUAGGCAGCUGAUAGCACUGUCAUGGGGAGUUCCUGCCUUGGUGGCCACUCCAUAUCUGUACAUGCUUCAAGUUGUCCAGUUUAAUUUCUAUCAAAUGUGCACGCCACUUUCCAUUCCACUGCCAUGGCUCGACAAGCUUUACGAAGCUGUUGAGUUUGGUGCGGCCCACCUAUUUCCUUUCUGUGUCAUCUGCGGGUGUUAUUAUCACGUGAUCAAGAUAGCACUUGGAAGGCAACCUCCUGUUUCAGGGUCGGCACAUGGAGCCACCGCACAAAUUGCUCUUCGACGAAGCAGAAGGCGAGUCACGAAAACGGCCUGCUUGAUCAUGGUGGCUUUUAUUAUCUGCUGGUCCCCGACAUUUGUCUUGAGCAUUUGGAGAAUUGCCUCCGGCACGGAAAGUGUACAUCAUAGUCAUACGCUGUAUGAAGUUUCCUUUUUUGGAACACUUAUUAACAAAGCAAUCAAUCCAAUAAUUUACGGUGUAUAUGACAGGAACAUAAAUGUUUGCGCUCAUAUUUAUUGUGGCCAUCGCAUCUUCAAUGCGACGGCUAGCGAAGCUGAAUCCACGGGCACAAAAUCCAACGACACGACCCACAAUCGAGGAAGCACAAAAAGUACAAGGCGGUUGAAAUUUAAUGAACCACCUUAG